GGCCAAGUGCAUCGCUCCCGCCCCGUUAACCAACACCCCGGCAUCGGGCAACGACCCGCCAGCUUCCCAAACAAGUCUCACAGUUUUGAGAGAAAUUGGUCAAUUCGAUCGCGAACCGCGCGCCUGCUGCUUUCGCAGCCGCAAUCCAACACGGGCCAUAAUCAAGAGCCCGGCAGCCACACAACUUCGCCACCCCACCACCACUCGACGGCCCGUUGCCCAACACGGCCGACACCCAGCUUUGCUCGAGGUCCAUUCCACUGCACAUCCAUCACCAGUACCGUUUAGCUGUCCCUGACGGUAGCACUCACUGCGCACCCAGCGAUGGCGUCCAAUAGGCCAGCAGCAUUCAACACCCUGCGGAUGGGAGAGGUGAUCCGCGAAAAGGUACAAGAUGGCAUCACCGGCGAGACCCGCGACCUACAGUAUACCCAGUGUAAGAUUGUCGGUAACGGAUCGUUUGGCGUUGUUUUCCACACCAAGCUUGCGCCCAGCAAUGAGGACGCGGCAAUCAAGCGCGUGUUGCAGGACAAGAGGUUCAAGAACCGCGAGCUGCAGAUCAUGAGGAUCGUGCGGCACCCCAACAUCGUGCAGUUGAAAGCCUUCUACUACUCGAACGGCGAGCGCAAGGACGAGGUCUAUUUGAACCUGGUUCAGGAGUUCGUGCCGGAGACCGUAUAUAGGGCGUCGCGGUUCUUCAACAAGAUGAAGACGACCAUGCCGACCCUGGAGGUCAAGCUGUACAUCUACCAGCUCUUCCGAGCUCUCGCGUACAUCCACUCGCAGGGCAUCUGCCACCGCGACAUCAAGCCGCAGAACCUCCUCUUGGACCCCGCGACCGGGGUGCUGAAGCUCUGCGACUUCGGCAGUGCGAAGAUUCUGGUGGAGAACGAACCCAACGUGUCGUACAUUUGCUCCCGGUACUACAGAGCACCGGAGCUGAUCUUUGGCGCGACAAACUACACAACCAAGAUUGAUGUGUGGUCUACCGGGUGCGUCAUGGCCGAGCUGAUGUUGGGGCAACCACUCUUCCCCGGAGAAUCCGGCAUCGACCAGCUUGUGGAAAUCAUCAAGGUCCUGGGUACGCCGACCCGCGAGCAGAUCCGGACCAUGAACCCGAACUACAUGGAGCAUAAGUUCCCUCAGAUCAAGCCCCAUCCAUUCAAUAAAGUGUUCCGGAAGGCGGACGCGAAUGCUAUCGACCUGAUCGCCCGGCUACUCGAGUACACCCCGACAGAGCGUCUGGCGGCCAUUGAUGCCAUGGUGCAUCCGUUCUUCGACGAACUUCGGGACCCCAACACCAAGCUUCCGGAUUCGAGACACGGGACGGGCCAGCUCCGCGACCUUCCCGCUUUGUUCGAUUUCUCGCGCCAUGAGCUGUCGAUCGCCCCUCACCUUAACCACCAGCUUGUGCCCCCUCACAUGGUUCCAGAGCUCGCGAAGCGCGGUCUCGACAUUGACAACUUCACGCCCAUGACGAAGCAGGAGAUGAUGGCUAAGCUAGACUGAGUUGGCCAUGGUUGACGGUGCCCCGUUCAGUCGAGUUACGGCUCAACAGUGUCGGCUAUGUUGGGAGUUUUAUGCUGUUCUUCGCCAGCAGAGUAUCGUCCCCGAGAUGUAGUCGGAGGCAGCGACUCUCGGCCCCCUCGGCCC